AGAGUAAAGGAGACUCGAGAUAUCAUACUAGUUUCACAAUGUUCAAAGUAGCCAUCUAUGGGUUGUUGUUGAUAGUUUUUAAAGUUCAUGGACGAGCCAAAGGGUUAUAUAUUGACGAGUUUGAUAUGUUCAAUGUAAACCCCUACCCGUUCUGUGGACACAAGUUUACAUCAGAUGUUCCUUAUGAUGACAAUUACACAUGGUGGAAACGAUUAAGGCAACAACAAAAGCGAGUUGUUGGAGGAAAAGAGAGUCAACCCGGAUCAUGGCCCUGGCAAGUGGCUCUUUAUUUCAACGGUACACAAGUGUGUGCUGGAUCGCUUAUCAACAGUGAUUGGAUAGUCACAGCAGCACAUUGCUUUCAUGACUCUUACUCGUCUACAAAUCCAAAGCACUGGAGUGCAACCUUAGGGGAGCAUAAAUUAAAGGAUAAGGAGGUUUUUGAGCAGGUCAGAAACAUCCAACAUAUCAUCCUACAUCCCAAGUAUAAUUUUCCGUACUUCCAGGGAAUUCUAGACACACCGCCUGAUUAUGAUAUUGCCAUGAUCAGACUGAGUAGGCCUGCGAGGAUAACAAGCAAUGUUUACCCAAUCUGCCUUCUUCAUUACUGUCAGACUGUCAAACCUGGCAAGACGUGCUAUUUAACAGGAUGGGGACACACUCGAUUCAAUGGGACUAAGCCACCUGCUCUCCGCGAAGCUCAAGUGAAGAUCGUCUCGUUAGACACUUGCAACAAGCCCUUAUCGUAUGGCGGUAAAAUCCACCAACGAGCGAUGUGUGCAGGGUAUGAGGGGGGAGGCGUAGACGCCUGUCAGUUUGAUAGUGGUGGCCCUCUAAGCUGUGAAGAACAUGGCCAAUACUUCCUUACAGGGGUAGUGUCGUGGGGCCAUGAAUGUGCCAGGCCCCAUAAAUACGGAGUGUAUUCCAAUAUGUCGGUGUUGACACCAUGGGUUGUUCAGACUGUCGCAAAAUUUGAAGACAAGCAUCAUCUUUACCACUAUCUACACCCCUACCCUUACCAUCAUCAACGACUAUAUCACGGCUCCAAUCCAUGGCCAUUCUAGCUGCACUAGAAACCCAUCCUAGCUGCACUCGAAACCCAUCCUAGCUGCACUCGAAACCCAUCCUAGCUGCACUCGAAACCCAUCCUAUAGCUGCACCAGAAACCCAUCCUAGCUGCACACACCCAUCCUAACUACUCCUUGGCAAUAUAUGGAUUAAUCAUCACCUUAUAGCAGUGUUUACAAACAAAAAGUAACUAGUAUUUAGUAACAAGUAACUAGUAUAUUUAGCGAAAAUAAGGAUAAUAAUUUGAGUAUUUAUCGGCACGUUACAUUACAUCUAUAAACUAUUCUACAUAUGUUAUUAUCCAUAUAAAGAAAUACCUGAAACAAAUGAAAAUCUCAAAGUAGCGACAUAAUGAAUUUAGCGGUGCAAUCGCUCAAAUGUGAGAUAUUGUUAAAGUAAAUAUUAAUAAUGGGAUACCAUCUGAAACGUUUCUUUUUCAAAUCAAGAUAAUUAUAUAAUAAUUGAUAAUUAUAAUAAUUGAAAAAUAAUACUAUAAACAAAGAAAGAUUGUGAAUUCCCAAUCARUUUAGAAAUUCAAUAGCGGGUACCAAUCUGAAUUGCCACGGUACCGCGUUGGACCGCCUUGGUUCGAUUCUCAGACCUGAUGAUCUCGUUGUGUCCUUAUAGUCAUGAUCGUACGUGAACGUGAAGGCAGAUUUCUGUACAAAUCACAUUAGARAUGGAGGGGUGUAGGCUAAUUCGUCAGUCAUGAUAGGAGGGAAUCGCAUAAGUUUUUUUCAAUUCCUUUGUGAGGGAGGGAAGUCAUUAACUUUUCAACUUUUUUUAUUCAUUUCUUAUAGCAACUCCCCAUAAUUAUUGCGCAGCCUGCAGUUUAUGAAGUAGUCUCGCUCUCGCAGCCGUUAUGAGGUUCUUUCCCAGGGGUCAGAGACCUUCUGGGAACGAGGGCCUCAUAACGGCUUCGAGAGGAGAAUACCAAUGAAGGAGUUGUCGUGAAUCACUUUCCGCCACUUUGAAUUUAAGUGCCUUGACGAUCUAACCAAUCACGAUCUAACCAAUCACGAUCUAGCCAAUCACGAUCUAACCAAUCACGUUCUGUCUUCAAAAUAACUGAACCCUUAAAACAGAAUUAACGGAUCUCAAGUUAGUGCAAAGUCCAUUAUGGCGGAUAASUUCUUUUCAUUUCCUCUUGCGCGAAUCUAAAACGUGCAAAUGUUACUGACUUACUAACUUCACAGAACGAUGACAUAUUGGCUACCCGUCUUAGGACGGGUGUAGACACAAAAACGAAAUAAAAGAAAACUUUCGAGUCGGACUA